GUCGUGUACACGUGACAAUCACAGACAAUCGGCGACAGUCUCGCGAGUGUUCGUCUCGCGGGGGAUGUUUUGAGAUUUUUUUUUGGCUCUCACUUAAGAUAGCUGAGACUGUUGAUUUAGUUCGCUUCGCAUAUACGUUUCUUUCGUGAAACCGCAAGUCGCACGUCGUUUUAUCGGUGAUAAAGAUGCCGUAUCUGAAUUCGUGGGAAGAAUUCGAGAGAGGCGCCGAGAGGUUAUAUCUGCAAGAUCCGAUGAACACUCGAUAUACGAUGAAGUACUGUCACAGUAAAGGGGUUUUGUGUCUAAAGUUAACAGAUAAUCGACGGUGCCUCCAAUAUAGAACAGAAAUAGCUCAGGACUUAAAGAAAAUGGAAAAAUUCAUAGGCAAUCUCAUGAGACACAUGGCGUCGAGAGACAGUUAGAAUAAGAUUUGUAUGUAGGAAUACGUUCAUCAUGGAGACUAAAACAUGCUACUUUUAUUCAACAAUAUCUUUCUUUUUCCGCCUCACACGAUCCAACGAUCCACAGAUAUCAAUUUUAAUUAAGGUAUGAACGUUAUCUUACAUGUAAAACAAGUGCAUAUAAAAACUGUUUCGUUUUGUGUUAAAGUUUUACGAUUGUUUCGGGCGGCCCCGUUGCCUCCUCGUUAAUGUUCUGAAACAAUCAAAAUUCAUCGUGUAAGUUAAGAAUUACGCUACACUCCGUCGAGGAUGUAAUAUAGAGAGAACAUUUUUCAACAUUUAUAUAAUGCAUCAACUUUUUUGAUAUCUAUAACUGAAGUAUGUUCUCAAGUGACGCAUCUAAUGUACUAGAUAUUAAUAAAGCCAGAUACACAAAUCGAA